CAGCCAAUCGCUUAUGAGUCGCGAAAGUGACAGGCGGCCAAACGAAAUUAUCCCGUACACGACCAUGCACGCGUUCAAGAUCUGGCGAUGCUACCUGACUGGAGCCGGAUUAACUUUACGAGCAAAUCACAAAUCCCUACGGUAUCUGCGAGCGCAGCCGAAUCUCAACCCACGGUUGAUUCGCUGGUUGGAUUAUUUGGAGUCGAACUUCACGUACCUAAUCACAUACAAGAAGGGUGCCAACAACAUCGUGGACGCCCUCUCCAGCCGCCGACCCAAACCGCCGCUAGAUAUGUGGGCGCGUUCGUUCGCCUGCACGCUAUCCGUGCGGCGAUUCACCUCACGAUUUUGGCAAGACAUGUGGAACCGAUACGGCACACGCCUACAGUUCUCCUCCGCCUAUCAUCCAGUAACCGACACUCCAACAAAAAGGGCAAAUCAGACUAUGGAGCAACUGACUCGCACGAACUGCCCAAAUAUCCGCAACCGGGAAGAUUGGCUGCCCAUGCUGGAAUUCUCCUACAACAGCGCACCCUCCAUCACGACGAAUCACUCACCAUUUCCCCUAAAUUAUGGGAUGGACCCGACAGUACCCGUCUCUACCAACAUCGAAAGUCAAGGAUGACACGUUGACUUUCUGAUACA